AUUAUGUCCCUGGGAGAUUUAUUGCUUUUGCAUGACUGGUUUUAGGAAAAUGUGGUUGUGAGCAGAGAGCUACAUUUCCGAAACUUGAGGACGGUGAACAAGUCCUGCUUUGCCCUCACCAGCCUCAUUAAUGUCAGUGCAUAACUGGUAUGUUUUUCAGCAGUCAUCACAUGUAAUACAAUACACAAAGACCUAGAAUUCUACCUCGUAAUAGCAAGUACAAUCUUAAAUGUGACACUGGUGUAUCCUGUUGACAGGACUGAUAAUGAGCACUUGUGCUUACCAUUGAUAUUAAACCUGUCAGUAUUGUAUAGCAAUAAGUGCUUUUGCCCACAAAGAUAAAUUCUAGGUUUUGUACACAAACCACAACCAGUAAGUGAGAUUAACAAUAUCUUUUCUCAUUUCCUCAUUUAUUGAACUGCCAUGUUUUAAAUGACUAUAACAAAUACUGAAAACAAAAUAUGAUCACAGCGAGGAUCAGUAAAUUAAAGCUCAGAGUGAAAAAAAUGUAUAUGACACUCUUCAUUAUUUAAAGUAAUACAGUCAUAUAGCAUAAGCAGUACACAUUUGAAACUCAAAAACAAGGUGUCACCUGGCAUUCAGAUACCCUCAUGCUGCAGGUCACCAUCAUGUGAAUCCCUCCCUCUUUCUUUCCAAAGAAAUGAACCAUUACAUGACACCAAGAUUUGCUGGCAGUCUUUUGUGUUAUCCACAGCCACGUCUUUGGUUGGGCAAGACAUGCAUCAUACAGUUGGCAGUUGAUGAAUACGCCACAGCUAAAAUUUCAGACAUUGACACCAUCCUUUAUAAAGACCCAGAACGACAAACAUUUCAUUUCUUCACUGUGACUGCGUACAGCCAGGAUUUCUCUUUCUGGGCAAACAACAUUGUUCUGAUUUACUUCAGGAUGGGACCAAAGGAGCAUUUGCUGUUGGUUCUUGUACUGCUAAUAUUCACUGACCACGGUCAAGGUGUUCCUGAGACCUAUGAGCAAUCCUUGAUUGUCAGCAAAUCCACUGAUUCCACUGUUGUUGAACUCCGUGCCACUCCACAUCCGAUUAACACCCCAAGAUGGCACAACAGAUCAUGUAACUGCAAAGGAAAGGAAAGAGAGAUGGUGAGCACACUCUGCCGCUGUCAGCCGUCUGCCAGACGCAAUGGCAAGAAUGGGAAAUGGAAAAAACUGUGUCAGCUGGAAAAAAGCAAGAAUCUGCAGAAGUGCCACAGGUUUUCCAAACUGAAGACAAAGAAUACAUCCAAGUUUGGUCCCAGUGUGCCCAUAUGAGCAAGACAAGGAAACUCUCAUAUAUACUGCAUAUCCCUAUAUAUGGAUAUUUUGCAAUUAUCACUGUCACACACAUUUCUUUGUAAGACUUACUGCUAUAUCCUCCUCAAUAAAGUCCUCACACAAAUGA